AUGACUGCUGAUGAGUUGGCGGACGAGGGGCUUCUCGUCCUGCAGGAGGUGACUCCCCAGGCGGUAGAAGAGCAGCGCAUAAAUGUAGACGUAGAGAAGACGAAGCGGAAAAAAAACAAGAAAAUACUAACCAGGUUAAAGAAGAACAUCCGGGAGAAGGUUCUUCAGAAGAAUCGAAUCGACUACCUGUCAGUGGAUCCGAAGGAGCUUCCCCAAAAUUUACCAAAAACGAAAAAAAUAAAAAAUAAAAAAAUUAAAGUAAAGCUAAGGAGGGAUGUCCGACUAGCCAUUUUAUCGUCCAAAAAGUUGUUGGCGAAUAGGAAGUUCAAGCGGGUAGAGGAGGGAUUCAUUCGGUCGGUGGCACCAAGUGACAAAACGAACAAAGGGGAGAAAACUACUAAUGAGGAGGUCACGAACGAUGGGGGGGAAUCUACUAUUAGCACCUUUGUAGGGGCACGCUCCUUACUAACGCAGAAGGAACUCUACGCCCAAGCGGAUGUGGGCACGAAGAAGAAAGUCAUCGACCUGAGGUUGAACCUGGGACCCUACCAAUGCAGAUACUCACGAAAUGGAAAGUACCUGCUGGCAACCGGCGAAAAGGGGCACAUUACCCUCAUGGAUACACAUAACUUAGAACCCAUGUGUGAGCUCCAAGUGGAAGAAUCAGUCAGAUGCAGCACCAUUCUACACAACCAUAAGCUCUUCGCAGUGGGACAAAAAAAAUACAUAUAUCUUUAUGACAACACAGGGAUUGAGGUGAACUGUAUUAAAGACAUCCUCUACUCCUACCAACUGGAAUUCCUUCCGUACCAUUUUUUGCUAACUUCCAUUGGGGAGUUUGGUGAGUUGGUAUAUCAGGACAUAUCCAUGGGAAAUAUCAUCACGAGGAAGAAGACGAAAAGAGGUCCUUGUAAAGUGAUGAAGCAAAAUAAACAAGACGCAACCAUCUACCUUGGCCAUAAGAAUGGUCACGUAACUGUAUGGACCCCCAAUAUAGACAAACCGGUAUGUGACAUAUACUGUCACGCCACUCCCAUUUCCGCUAUAGCGGUUCAUAAAAACUACCUUAUCACGUCUUCCGUCGAUUGCACAUACAAACUUUGGGACCUCAGAAAAUUACAAUUCAUUGAAUCGAACCGAUCCCACAAUGUCAUAAACCAAAUGGACGUCAGUGACACAGGGAUUGUUGCGAUGGGAAUUAAUAGUCACUUCAGGACCUACAAAGAUUUUUUCAACAAACCACAACUGUACCUAACACACAACACCUAUGGAGAUAAAAUAAACUCCCUCUCAUUUCAACCCUUCGAAGAUAUAUGUUGUGUGGGUUCACGUUACUCCAUAAAGUCUCUUCUCGUUCCCGGGGCGGGUCUAGCCAAUAUCGACACGUAUGUAAAUAACCCAUACGAAACGAAGAAGGAGGUUCGGGAAAAUGAAAUAAGAUCCCUUCUGGAUAAAUUGCCCCCUGAUACCAUCACCUUUGGGAAGAACCAACUUGGAAGGAUCAACCCGUUCGCUUCAAACGGGAAGCAGGUGAAGGGAGCCACCCACCAUAGGUAUGGUGCAAGUGGAGCAGAAGCAGGAGGAGGAAGAGGAAGUGACGAAGGCCCUCCUCACCGACCCAACCGUAAACACAACAUGGGGGAUUCAUCCGAUGAGGAACCGUCCGAUGGUGCCAACGUGGGACGUAAAGCAGCACCCCAGCAGAACAAAACAACAACAACAACAACAACAACCCCAGGGAAGAAGAAAAAAAAAAAAAAAAAAAAAUCCUUUUUAAAUUCAAACGUGCCCAAGUAUUUGCGCAAAAGCGCCAAAGAUAAAGCGGCGGAGCGAAAGGCAGGAGUGGAUUAA